AUGUUAGAGCGAAAGAUAGGUAUUCAAAAAUUCUAUUUUUUCACCGUGUUCGGGAUGAUUCGUAUUGCCAGAUGGGGAAAAUACAAAGUUGCAGAUUUGCAAAUAAAUAAUCCUACUUAUGAGUUUUACCCAGAAGUUGGACAAAAAUCUUUUCAUUUCUUGUCAACACCAACACAAUCUUCAUAUUCGCCAGCACAAAAUCAAUCUUAUACCGGAAACGUGAUCAAAAGCUUAUUCGAUAUCCCAGGGUUCCCGAGAUCAUACUCGCUCACCGGAUCAUCGUGGUAUUUUAGUGGGUUUCCGAAGGUUAUGCCGGAUGCUGUUAUUUUGACGGAUAGAAUUGUUCUGUUUAUUAAUGGUACUGUUCGUGGAUAUGAUAAAAUUCAAAACAUCAAUCCAGUAAAAACCCAGCACUCUUAUGACCGAAUAAAGAAAAAGGCUCAGAAUGGACUGUAUUCACCUAUCGGAAAUUUCACGAGUUUACCAUUCGGUCGCCAUAUUAGUUGA